AAUCUACUCACUUUUGAAGGUCAUCUCUCUUUUCCUCUCUAUUAGUACAAAAUUGGUUAAUAAUUGAAAAUUCACAAUUUGUUUUUUUUUCCAAUUAUAGUAACUAUAGUAAGAUUGAUCAGCAAGCAAAAUAUGGCUCAAAAGGUUGAAGCAAAAGGAGGGAAAGGAGGCAACCAAUGGGACGAUGGAUCCGAUCAUGACGCCGUGACCAAGAUUCAGGUUGCAGUAGGCGGAAUGGGAAUUCAAUACAUUCAGUUCGAUUACGUCAAGAACGGACAAACCGAACAAACUCCUCUUCGUGGUAUCAAAGGCAGUACCAUUCCAACUGAUCCGUUUGUGAUUAACCAUCCUGAGGAGCAUCUAGUUUCUAUUGAAAUUUGGUAUAAACCUGAUGGUCUUAUUCAAGGGCUUAGGUUCAUAUCCAACAAAAAGACUUCUCGUUUCAUUGGAUACGAUCGUGGUACUAGAUCAUUUCUCCAAGUUCAAGACAAGAAGAUCAUUGGCUUUCAUGGGUCUGCCGGAGACAAUCUUAAUUCUCUUGGAGCUUACUUUGCUCCGUUGACUAUCCCAUUGACUCCUGCCAAGCCGCUACCGGCACUUGGUAGUGAUGAUGGAACAGCAUGGGAUGAUGGUGCUUACGUUGGGGUUAAGAAGGUGUACGUAGGACAAGCCCAAGAUGGUAUAUCGGCUGUUAAGUUUGUAUACGACAAAAGCCCUGAGGAGGUCACAGGAGAAGAACAUGGAAAGAGUACUCUACUCGGAUUCGAAGAGUUCGUACUUGACUAUCCAAGUGAAUACAUCAUCGCAGUCGAAGGCACCUACGAUAAAAUCUUUGGGAGUGAUGGCUCAGUCAUAACUAUGCUUAGGUUCAAGACUAAUAAGCAAACGUCCCCUCCCUUUGGACUUGAAGCUGGCACUGCCUUCGAACUCAAAGAGGAAGGCCACAAAAUCGUUGGCUUCCAUGGAAGAGCCGAUGCUUUGCUCCACAAAAUUGGAGUUCAUGUCCGUCCCGUUUCCAACUGACCAUGAAGAUCUUUAUCUUUGAUUCCAUGGAGAUCUUUAUCUUUAUCUUAUAAAUUGGUCAUUUGAGGUCUCUUCAUGCCUCUGGUGACCUCUGAUAAGUGUUUUAACUUUUAAGUGUUGUAUCUUGUGUUGCCGGUUUUUCUUUGAUGUGGUUGUGUUCCAUUUUAAUUAAGGAAGUUUGUUUCAUCUCUUCUAAUUUUUAUAUCCCCAAAUGUUCCGAUAUAUAUUUCCCAUUUGCGUCUGAUACUAAUUCUCUUACUAUAAUUAAACAAAAAUCUCAAUGUACGAAUUGUACAAUU